AUGGCGCCUGAACACCUUCUCCCUCCUCAAGUCCAUACACCUCCUACCACCGACGAGGCUAGUCACAAGGAGUCCGAUGACGCAGCGUCGAGUUCCUCCCUCUCCGAACUCGGCGACGACAUACUUGACGAAGAGAACCGUAUGAGAUUCGAAGAAGCAGCUCGCGCCGGUGCAGAGGCCGAGCAACACACCGAGGUCAAACCUCAUCACUAUGAAAAUAACAUUCCCGUCUUCCAGCCGACUAUGGAUGAGUUCAAAGACUUCGAGAAGUAUGUUCAAGGCGUUGAUCCGUACGGCAUGCAGUCCGGUAUUGUCCUCAUUGACCCGCCCGAGGAAUGGAAACGCGCUCGCAAGGCUCUGGACGAAGUGGUCAAGACUGUCAAGAUCAAGAAUCCGAUCACUCAAGAAUUCCACGGUGCUCAAGGCAUUUAUACGCAGCGCAAUAUGGAGAAGAUGCGAUCUUACAACUUGCCUCAGUGGCGAGCCACCUGCGAGGCAACCGAGAACCAGCCACCUGCCAGACGCGGUGAGAAGCGUAUGAACGCUGACAAGCUUCUUGGCCGUGGAUCGCAAAGAAAGAAAGCCGAGUCCUCGCCCGCUCCUCCCGGAACCAAGCGAAAGCCCGGUCGACCGCCCAAGACUACCCUCAUCAAAGAGGAACCGGUGGAAAACGACUCUAACAUCAACGCCCCUCCGACCCCCACAAGUCCCGACGUCAAACCUACGCCUUCAGUCAAUGGUGAUGAAGAGGAGGCCGAUCACGCUACGGAUUCCACAACUGCCAGAGGCAAACGUGGAUCCAAGGCUGGCUCGAAACCUCGAGGCAGACCUCCCAAGAGCGCCGUCAAGAAAGAAAAUUCAGCAAAGGGCUCUGAGACCACCGUGGCUGCUAGGCGGUUGCGCAAUCAAGGCGUGUCCGCUGACGAAGUCGACGAGGAGUCUUUCCGAGAUUUUGAUUACCGUGUCUAUGACAAUGACCAGUGGACUGCCGAACGAUGCGAAGAACUUGAAGACAAGUACUGGAAAUCUCUAAACUUCAGCAAUCCUAUGUACGGCGCGGAUAUGGUUGGCUCCUUGUUCGACGACGAUACCAAGGAGUGGAACGUUGCGAAACUGCCUAAUCUGCUCGACUUACUCGGCCAACCCAUUCCUGGCGUCAAUACUGCCUAUCUCUAUUUAGGCAUGUGGCGGGCGACUUUUGCCUGGCAUCUCGAGGAUGUGGAUCUCUACAGCAUCAACUACAUCCAUUUUGGAGCCCCUAAGCAGUGGUAUAGCAUUUCUCAGAAGGACGCCCCCAAGUUUGAAGCUGCCAUGAAAUCCAUCUGGACCGAGGAUGCGAAGACCUGUGACCAAUUUUUGCGACACAAGACCUAUUUGGUAUCGCCUUCGAUCCUCAAGUCCAAAUUUGGGGUUACCGUCAACAAAAUUGUCCACCGCGAAGGCCAAUUCGUCAUUACCUUUCCAAUAGGAUACCACUCUGGAUACAAUCUCGGGUACAACUGUGCCGAGUCUGUCAAUUUUGCGAUCCCCAACUGGCUGCAGUAUGGCAAGACGGCCAGAAAGUGCCAGUGUGAAGCCGACAGCGUCUUUAUCGAUGUUGAUUGGUUCGUUCGCAAGAUGAACGGCGAACCAACCCCUGAGUUCGAAGAGGUUGAAGUCACCGACGAUGAAGAUGAGGAAGAGCCUACAGACCUCCCAACCCCACCGAGCAGUGAUCGGGGUAAGAUCAAGGUUGCAACGAAGCGCAAACGCCCAGCGAAAGAUUUGGGACCCAACAAGAAGGCCAGGAAAAUCAUCAAGAUACGGAAAGUCAGCAGAAAUCAGCCCUGUUGCCUUUGUCCCAACGACUUUUCCUGGGAGGAGCUCUUGCCGACAUCUCACGGCCAGAAAGCCCAUCGAACUUGCGCAAUGUACACUCCAGAGACAUAUAUUGCUACUGUCGACGGCAAGGACAUUGUGGCCAACGUCGAAAACAUCAGCAAGGCUCGUCUGGAGCUCAAGUGUUACGAGUGUCGCCAGAAGAAGGGCUCCUGCUUUCAGUGCUCUUCAGCCAAAUGUACCAAAUCCUAUCACGCGACGUGUGCUAUGCAAGCUGGCGUUCAGGUCGACAAGGGCGAGAUUGCCGUCUGGCAUGAGGGCGUCGAGUAUCGAGACAUCGGGUUCGACUGGCGUUGUCGUCUACAUCGCUCUGUGAAGCGCACACGAAUUACGAGCGAGUUGUCGACUACCAACCACCUGAACAGUUGCUGGAACAAUCGGGAGUUCCUGAAGUACUUGAGCAAACUGAAAGCUGGAGAUAUAAUCCAGUUUCAGGCAACGCAUGCCGACGAGAUUGAGGCAGGCCUUAUCGCAGCAGAUUACGAUCUUGAGCAGGAUUCAGCUGUCGUUAAGGUCCUUCCUGAUCUCAAAGUUGUGAAAGAGAUUGACGCAUCCUGGAUCCUGUUCGUUGAUAGCGCCACGUCGUGCUUGCAGAAGCCAUCGGCAAACGCCAAAGAUCUUCCAGCAGAAUUGCAGGGCAAGAGUGCCCAGUUUCCAGACUCCGAGCGCAAACCCAGCGAAGGCGACACGUUCACCGAAGAGCCGAAAACGGAAUGGGCCGAAUUCAAUUCCGCCGUUCCUCCAGUCAACAAGCUACAGAAGAAGGUCGAUCUGUCCAAGCCGAAGCAGCUUUGGAUUUAUCUGGGCGAGCUGUCAACAGAAUCGAAAGCCCAAUACACUGCGGACGCCGCUAGCCGUGUGCAUGACGCUGCCUCUGUCUUCCUUGAUACGGUAGAACCUGCUCGCUCGAUCAUGGCACCGCCCUCUCAACCAAGACGACAGUCCCUAGCUGCUAGUUUCCCGAUCAUCAAUGUCGGGCCUCAGCAGGCCUACACCAAGCGUUCUCCUGCAUUGACGCAGGUAAAUCCAACCACUUCGUCCUUGGGUAAACAAACUCCCAUGUCAAGCUCUGCAUAUCAAGACAAGUCGACACAGCGAAAAGGCGCGCAGUAUCGGGAUCUAAUUACAGGGGCUGAGGCGAAAGCGAAUGAGCAAGCGCGGAUUCUUCAGAGGCAACAGGCCAAAGCCCAGCAAUUGGACAUGCAAGAACGUCUGUCAGGCGGCGCUAAAGGGAACAUUGGCAUCGAUCAAGCAGCGGCUGAGAGGCAGAGGCAGUUUCAGCUGGAUGCAUCUCAACGCUCGCGCAGUAUGGACCAAUGGUCUCAGAGCCAGUAUCCAAGCCAAUAUCCUGCAUACCAGAACGCCUUCAAUCAGGGCCGAUCACAGGAGCCGACAUUCAGUCAAAAUUGGAUGACACCAAUGUCACCACAUAUUCAGCCAGCCGCGGGACACAAUGUGUCUCCGUUGCCUGAUUUAGGGCCGUUCCCAGCGCUCAGUCAGUUCCCGGGCUAUAUGGAGCAAUCUCAGACACAAUUUCCGUACAACUCUCACCAUCGUUCGGCAUCCGUUGGCCACCACAACGAUACCGAACGGAUCAGGGUCGAGACAGCACGUAUCGAAAGAAUUCGUGCUGCUGCCAAUCAACCACCUGCACCUUCAUCGGCAGCAGUUGAGCGACAGCGGAGGAUCUCCAACCCCGCCUAUCCCUUCAAGAGUCCUGGUCAGAUCAAGGCACAGAAAGAGGCCGAGAAGAAUUCACCGCCGGGAAGUCGGCCUGGCAGUUCCUACCAAAUGGCCAGUCCUGUCGCACAGGGUGAUUCAUUCCGCCCGUCCAGCUCGUCGUCAUUGCAUGGACCUGACCCGCAGAAUCCGCCUCAGUUCAUCAACCCCAAUGCUACUCAGAUCAGCCCUCCAGGGUCACGUGCUGGCAGGCGAUCGGGUAGUCACAGCAUUUCUAUGCUACCAGGAGCGAUGGGUCCGCCAAUGCAACCGCAGCUACACAGGACUGUCUCGGCCGGAAUGCUCGAGAAGCCAACAUUCACAAGCAACAUGAUGGGAGCCAUGAGCAGCUAUGUUCCGCGGCGGUCUAUGUACGACCCGCUUUACAGAAAUGGACCUACACCCAUUGCGCAGCCUAACGCACCGCCACCUGCACCUCAGCCACCAAUGGCCGAACCGUUCCCUCAAUUAAUCGCAGGUCUUCAACCUCGUCCGGUGUCACCUAGUGGCUAUCCCAUAAAUGACAAGGCUCUUCCGCAGCAGUUGGUUGAAUGGAGGGUUGAGUACGAGGAAAAAGGCGGCUUCUGGGGCAAGAUCGCGAACUACUACAUCAAGAAGCAUGAGUCCAGUGCAAGUGUUUACCGCAGCCCUUUUGCGCCGAAGCCGGAAUCAUCGGCACAUAAAUUCGCCGAGGCGUACUACCAAUCCCUUGUGACAGAGGAUCAAGCCAAGAUCGAGGACUUCAAGGUGAAUGGCAUGAGGAACUGA